GAAUACGAUAACUCGUGCAACCGUUCUUUUCGCAGUUUGCUGCACCGUCUUUACCGGUGUAUUCGGCCAUGAUGGGAAGCCUGUGGAGGAUUUACUUAGAGACAUUUUCAUUCCGGAAAGGAUAGUCCUAGAUUCUUUGAAUACAAUGGAGCGGAUUGCGAAGAACUUAGGGAAACUGAUGGAGGACAUCGGAAAGGGGUCGUUCCCGAUCGACCCUCUAUCGAACCUGAAGAACAUUGUGCAGCAACUAGAGCCUGUAAACUCACAUAUCGCAGAGCAUCCCCGGCACGUGGAAAAAGAAGGCCGCGACCAUGAUCCGAAGAUCGGUCGCAGAUCUGAAGUAGAUGUAGACGUGAAAGGAGUCCCCGACUCUGUCAAAGACUCCGACUCUAUUCUAAACAUCGGUCGCAGAUCUACAGUAGAUGUAGACGUGAGAAAAAGAGGCCCCGUCUCUGUCAAACACUCCGAACCUAUUCUAAAUAUCGGUCGCAGAUCUACAGUAGAUGUAGACGUGAAAAAAGGAGUCCCCGUCUCUGUCAGAGUCUCUGAUCCUGUUCCAAAGAUCGAUCGCAGAUCUACAGUAGAUGUAGACGUGAGAAAAAGAGGCCCCGUCUCUGUCAAACACUCCGACCCUAUUCUAAAGAUCGUUCGCAGAUCUGCAGUAGAUGUAGGCGUGAAAGAAGGAGUCCCCCUCUCUGUCCAAGUCUCCAACUAACGCCGUCGCGAUGCCGAUCCUCGCUACUCUCGUAACUGGUACAAGGAUUAGAAAUCACACGUCAAAGCCUAAUUACCUACGAGAAACCUGUAUUACGUUCGUUAGAAAUUCUCCUUUCCAAAGUGUACUUCUUUUCGAUUGAAAUAAAGUAGAUAGC